AUGGUCCCACCACAUGAUAACUCAGGAGCUGCAGGGCAUAAGAGCAAAUGCCGGAUCGACGACGCCGUCCGCCGGAUCCUCCGUGUCAAGUUCACCAUGGGCCUCUUCGAGAACCCCUACGCCGACCCUAGCCUCGCCGGCGAGCUCGGCAAGCAGGAGCACCGCGACCUUGCACGAGAAGCCGUGCGCAAGUCCCUCGUCCUGGUCAAGAACGGCAAGCCCAGGGACAAGCCGCUCCUGCCGUUGCCCAAGAAGGCCCACGGCAGCGUCCUCGUCGCCGGCAGCCACGCCGACGACCUCGGCAGCCAGUGCGGCGGCUGGACCAUCACCUGGCAGGGCCUCACGGGGAACAACCUCACCGCCGGGACCGCCAUCCUCGACGGCAUCAACCGCGCCGUCGACCCCGGCACUGAUGUCGUCUACUCAGAGAACCCUGACGCCGGCUUCAUCCAGCAGAACAAGGCCCGGUUCGACUAUGCCAUCGUCGUCGUCGGCGAGCCACCGUACGCCGAGCAGUUCGGCGACAACCUGAACCUGACCAUCCCGGAGCCCGGCCCGGCCAUCAUCCAGAACGUGUGCGGCAGUGGCAUCAGGUGCGUCGUGGUGCUCGUCUCCGGGCGGCCGCUGGUGGUGGAGCCGUACAUCGACGCCAUGGACGCGCUGGUGGCGGCGUGGCUGCCGGGGACGGAGGGGCAGGGCGUCGCCGACGUGCUGUUCGGCGACUACGGGUUCACCGGGAAGCUGUCGCGGACGUGGUUCCGGUCGGUGGAGCAGCUGCCGAUGAACGUCGGCGACGCGCACUACGAUCCAUUGUUCCCGUUUGGGUUCGGGCUCGAGACAGCCGUCGUCAUAUUAGGGUGUUUGGAUUCACGGUAUCUCAUUGGAAGUUUUGGAAAGUUAGUUCAAUUUUGAGCUAAAUUCUUAGACUUUUCGGUGAAAAAUCGUCAAUCCAAACAGACUCCCCUAGGUAAUGACAGAUGAGAGAAGACUCCCUGCUGGUCAAUUGAUUCCGGAAUAUUAUGUCAUUUCAUUUUUCCAUAGCUAGUCCGUGUCUAGUUGAUCUAUGUAGUAGUGUCUCUGAACUCUGAAGACAAUAAUAAGCUCCCGAAUGAUUAAGCGAUCUCUCUUCAGCGACAUGAUUGUUGAAGGACUGGACAGACGACCAGA